CCAAGAUUUGAAUUUCAAAUUUGAAAAGAGCCGUUGAGGGAGAAAGCGAACAGAGAGGGAGAUCAGAAUGGUGGGAGGUGAAACGAAGAUUGAAUCUGCAUUUUCCUGGGCGGAUGAGGUUGAAAAAGAAGAGGAAGAAGCUAGAAUUAGAACCCAUGAAAGGCAGAGAUCAAAUCCUUUUGGCUCUGCAAGGCCUAGAGAAGUCGUUCUCCAAGAGAAAGGGAUCGAUUGGCGAAAACUCGACCAAGAUCUUCACCAACCCUCCAAUACACGAUAUGAGACUCCGGUGGAGAAGCCUCUUAAAGAAAACAACCCUGCAUAUUCGGCCUGGGCUGCCAACAAAAAACAGGAGAUUUUCUCAGGCAGAAGUCUGCAAUCAAAAUCUGAAAUUAGAGAUCCGGGGUUUAACAGAAGGGAAGUUUCAGGGGGUUUUAUGACUCCCCAGAAGCAGAUGGGUGGAGUAUUUGUUGGUCCCCCACCAAGAUAUCAAACUAGAAAUGUCUUGGCCUGUUUAUCAGAGGAGGCAUAUCACAACUCAAAUAGAUUGGAUAGUGAGGAGAGGACGUUUCAGUAUAGGAAUCACAUUGAUUUUCUGUACAAUAACAGCAAUGAGGCGCGAAGAGAGAUGAUGUUUCAUGAACCCCAGACGAAGCAAUUUUAUAACUCCAGCGGGCUGGGCAUUGAGGGGCACAUUCACCACUAUGAUGAUCAGUUUGGCGCACAUACCUCUCUUGUUGGAUGGGACAGGGAAUACAGAGAGUUCGAUUUCGGUGGAAGAAGAUACAGUGGGGUAGAGUUGAGGCGUCCAUGGAUGGAGGCACUACAUUGUGGGAGAAACUUGGGAAAAUCAGUGGCUUGUGAGGAAAGGCGAGAUGCAGACGCUGAUUAUAACAGAAGGAAGUUCAUGAAACAUAGUUCAGGGUGUUGGCCACUGGCAAAUGAAAGGAAAGAAGCCCUUCUCAUUCAUGAGAAAAGGCCACCAUCUGUUGAUGAUCAUGCAAGAAAUGGUGGAGUUGGCAGGAGGCUGAUGAACCCGCCUUCCAAUGGAGCUACACAGCAAAGGAGAGAAACCCUUCUCAUUCAUGAGAAAAGGCCACUAUAUGUUGAUGAUCAUGCAACAAAUGGUGGAGUUGGCAGGAGGUUGAUGAACCCGCCUUCCAAUGGAGCUGCACAGCAGAGACAGCAGCAGCAGCAACGGCAACAUAACAAUUCAGGCAACAGAAUGGUAAAGUUAACUAGAAGAGAGAUGUACCUGGAGAAAAAGGAAAACAAGACAGAAUGGCAGAGAGACGCUGGACGAUUUGGAGGUGGCUCCAUGGAAGAAGCUGGUGAUGGUGAGAGAGCAGAAGGACAGUGCAAUAUGAAGAAGAAGGGAGCAAAUUCUGCUGGGAACUACAGGAAGAGAAUGAUGAAAUCAGGACCUGAAAGCUACCACCAGCAUGGGAAAAGAAGAUGAACUAAUUGCUCGAAUGCAAUAUGUAAUGACUUAGGGUUUUCUAACUGGAAACUGAUGUUAAUUUUUGCUAAUUGUUUUUAUCAAAGAUGGUUAAUUGGAACCCUA